AUGGCAGAGGACUUCCCGGACGUGUGGACCCUGGCGGGGUGGCAUGGACCGCCGCCGGAGGUAAAAGACGCGCUGUGGGCGGCGUGGCCGGAGAACAGCUUCUCGCGCAAGAUGCGCUGGCACGAGGCCUUCCUUUCGCAGAUCCCGUUUGAAGACGAGGAGAGAGGCAUCGUGGUCGAAGUGCUGUGGCCCGGCGGAGGUCUCGCGAACUGGGUGCCGCUGGCGCACAUCAAACCGCGCGGCGGCCUGGGCGAGACUGCGCAAACGGCGAUGGCACGUUUUGGGCCGCCGGCGCCCGAGCCUGAUUGCUACGUGCGACUGCCCGGUGGACCGGACUCGCCGCCGCCGAAACGGGCGCGGGUGGACGAGGCCGCGCCCGCGCCGGCUCCGCCGCGACGGCCGCCGCGGGCCGCAGCGCCGCGAUCACCGCCUCCACAGCCUGCAGCGCGACAACUACCAGUCGCCGCGCCGCGAGCACCAGCCGACGUGCCGCCGCCGCCGCGACGACCAGCCGCAGCGCCCGUGCCGCCGCGAGCACCAGCCGCUGCGCCGCGGCAACCACCGGCCGCCGCGGCGCGGCCGCCGGCCGUCGCGCCCACGGCGCCGCCUCAGCGAGCACCGCCGGUCGUGAGACCCGCGCCGCCGCGGCCGCCCGCACAGGAUAUCCAGGAGUUCUUCGUCGAAAGGCAGGAAGACGUCGAGCGCCUCGGCGAAGGCGCGGGUGGCGCGCUCAUGCCCCACGAAAUCGAGGACCUGCCCACUGUGCCGUCGGAAGGCCAGUACGACGUGUACUACCUCGGCGACGAACCCGGCCAAGCCAAGCCACUCGUCCGCUUCGCGCCCAUCAUACCCAAUUCCGGGUUACAUCGGUGCGCGGCCCGCAUCGCGCGACUCACGGUCGGGCGGAUGUGGCUCACGGACCCGACGCCACGGGGACACGACGGUGGCGCCUCGGAAUACCGGAUGGUCGGUUUCAGCCGCGUUAACCGGAAAGACGGAGUGGGCGAGGGCGUCACCUUCUACGGUCCCCUGCGAAACGCAUUGGGCCGAGACGGCUCCAGCCCGAACAAUCGCCACUUCCACAGAGAGAUCGAGUUGCGGCUCGACAGAGCGCGCGCGGACAUGGCGGCCGAGAUCGAGAAGGUUUGGCCCGACGAUGUCGGCGCCGAGCUCGACACAGUCUCUCAGCUCCGCGCCACGGUCGAGUACGAGGGCCAGCGCGCGCCCACGGCCAUGAGCUGCACGUUCGCGCUCAUAAAUAAAUGGCACCGCGACACGGGGGACGAAAGGGACACCGACGAGCUCGCCUGUACCACGGUCGUCACCCUCGACCUCGCGACCGUCGGCGACCUCGAGGCGCCGCCGGAGCUGCCGCGCCGCGGCAAACGGCAGGAGCGCGGCCAGGCGCCCUCCGAGUCCCAGUUCUACGCUUUUUUGCGGAAGGCCUGGAACGCGCACCUCGGCACACACGUUCUCGCGUACCCGCCGCCGCCUGCCGGAACCGUGGGAGGGCCGAUGUGGAACUUCGUGGUCGGCCGCGCCGUCCGCUUGAACCUAGGCGGCACCGGCGUCGGCGCGGCGGUACGCUUCCGGGCCGCCGAGACGUGGCACUCGACGGUCCACGACGCCCCGGCCUCGCGCGCGCGGUGCCUUUGCGGCAUGGGCUUCUACAACAAGGCCUCGAUUGUGGGACCGCUCUGGUACCGCCUGGACACGUUGAUGCGGGAGGUGAUCGCUCGGGCCAGCUUGCCCGUCGACGACCUCGCCGCCUACGGUUCGAACGCCUACGAGUUUGACACGGUCGAGGACCGCUACUUGGAGGCCUUGCACGCGUUGGAUAGGGAGCCGGGCACGCAUCCGCGCGACGCGCUCGCGCGCCUCGAUCGGGGCGGCGCGGCGCCCGAGGAGCCGGCGGAGCCCCCCGAACGCGUCUACGACGACGCCGAGGACGCCGUCGACGAUAUGGGGUUCGACUCGGAUGGUCUCAUUGAGUAA